UUUUUUAUAAUUUUGUCAAAAUGUGAAAAAUAAAUAGUAAUUAUAAUAUAAUUAAAAAAUGGAAAGAGUUCCGUGAAAGUUUCAAAUUUAAUAGUAUACAAACGAGUUCGAUUUUGAAUUGAAUUUCAAAUAAAGCGAUUUCCAUCGCCGAUCUAUGAACCUCUGCAACCAAUUCUGGUCAAAUCCUAAUCUCCAUUGCUAUCUCAAGAGAAGCUCUUCGAUUCAAUUCUCUCUCCUUGCCUCACUCAGGAUACGUGCCCGUCUCUGCACUAGCACGUAGCAUGUCUGAAGCAAAUGUGGGGUGUCGAGCAGAUCAAGAAAGCAAACCCUAAUUUUGUUGAAUUGGGUAUGAAGAUAACAGCCGCCCGUUUUCUGAAUUUUGGGGAGUCGGGAUUGGCGUCGUACUCCCCACCUGUAUGGGCAACUGUGGUUGCGGGUGCUUUGGUAGUGGUCACGCUGACGCUCUCCAUCUAUCUGCUUUUCGAGCACCUAUCCGCGUACAAGAACCCCGAGGAGCAAAAAUUCUUGAUUGGGGUUGUCUUGAUGGUUCCUUGCUACGCAGUUGAAUCAUUUGUAUCAUUGUUGCACCCUGCAAUUAGUGUUGAUAUUGAGAUACUACGCGAUUGCUAUGAAUCGUUUGCCAUGUAUUGCUUUGGAAGAUAUCUUGUUGCAUGUUUAGGUGGGGAUGAGUGGACUAUCGAGUUUAUGGAGAGGCUAGGACGGGUAAAGACCCCACUUUUGGAACAUGGGUUAGAACCAGGAACUAUAAGGCAUCCAUUUCCAAUGAAUUAUUUCUUGAGGCCAUGGAGAUUGGGCCAGUGGGUCUUCCAAGUUAUCAAGUUCGGAAUAGUUCAAUAUAUGUUAAUAAAGUCUUUUACUGCUAUUUUAGCAGUAAUCCUUGAAGCCUUUGAUGUAUACUGUGAAGGUGAUUUCAAAUGGGGCUGCGGGUAUCCUUAUAUGGCUGUGGUUCUAAAUUUUAGUCAGUCAUGGGCUCUGUAUUGCUUAGUUCAGUUUUACACCAUCACAAAGGAUGAAUUAGCCCACAUCAAACCAUUGGCGAAGUUUCUUACAUUUAAAUCAAUUGUGUUUUUGACUUGGUGGCAAGGUGUGGCUAUUGCCCUUCUUUAUGCCGUUGGAUUAUUUAAAAGUCCAAUAGCUCAAGCUUUGCAGUUUAAGUCAAGUGUUCAGGACUUCAUCAUUUGCAUAGAGAUGGGCAUUGCUUCUGUGGUUCACCUGUAUGUUUUCCCUGCAAAGCCAUAUGAGCUAAUGGGAGAGCGCUUUCCAGAGAGUGUGGCAGUUCUGGGAGACUAUGCAUCUGUCGACUGUUCACUAGAUCCUGACGAGGUUAGGGACAGCAAGCGCCCCACAAAAUUACGCCUUCCUCAGCCUGAGAUUGAUGUUAGGAGUGGGAUGACCAUCAAAGAAAGUGUCAAGGACUUUUUCAUUGGAGGUGGUGAAUAUAUUGUCAAUGACGUGAUGUUCACUGUAACUCAAGCAGUAGAACCUGUGGAGAAAGGAAUCACGAAAUUUAAUCAGAAACUACACAAGAUUUCCCAGAACAUCAAGAGGCAUGAAAAGGAGAGGAGGACAAAGGAUGACAGUUGUAUUACCACAUCAUCCCCAACUCAGAGAGUAAUUCGUGGCAUAGACGAUCCCCUCUUAAAUGGAAGCUUUAGUGAUAGCGGACCCUCCAGAGUAAAAAGGCAUCGGCGAAAAUCAGGAUACACUAGUGCAGAAAGCGGUGGAGAAAGCAGUAGUGACCAGAACUAUGGGGGAUACCAAAUUCACGGCCGUAGAUGGGUUACCAAAGACUGAUAAAAGAAGUGUUUAGGCCAAAUUGGGAAGGGGGUGGACAAGAAUGUUGAAGGGGUUGCGCAGAGGUAUGCCAGCGUUGGGCGUUUAUCCAUUCUUGUUGGAUCCGCCCCGGAGAGGAGAUGCCGCAAGAGCGUCGGCUUGCGUGCAUACACACUUCCUGGAGUUUGAGAUUAUGGUCGGAGGUUUGUUAUACCGUUUGAUCCUUCUUUUUUUCCUUCUCUUACAUGUAGUACUCCUCUGGUGCGUGUUGUUGAGGUUAAAGAAUGCUGUAAAUAGCCCCGGAAAGGCUUGUUUGUCCUGUUUUGAGCUGUCUUGUCUUGAUUAGGAUUAGUAAGCUGUAAUCCCAUUGAGGGCCACUUUUGUUACUGUUUCGGUGAAAGCUUGAAAGCUAGUGCACAUUUAUGUAAGUAGUCAGUCCUGCUGCCUGGUCUGUACACUCCAACAUGGUUUACGUGUUCCAUUAUACUGUAUUAGUAGAGUGAACUUCUCUUCUUCGA